ACGCGACGCGACGGGACGGGACGGGACGCUACCACAAUGCCUCUGUCACAGAGCAGGGCUGGCCAGCGGAUGCCCUGCAGCAGCAAAGUGUGCAGGAAUCUCUUUGGCCCUGUGGACCAUGACCAGCUCCAAAAUGACUUCCAGGAUCUGCUGAGGCGACAGCUGGAAGAAGCCCAGCACCGCUGGAACUUUGACUUUGAGACAGAUACACCCUUGGAAGGACGCUUCAAGUGGGAGAGGGUUGUCUUUGAUGACCAGCAGCUGCACGGUCUGUCCAAGGCCAGCAGCAGUGAGAGCCAGAGCUGCUCCUCAGCCCACAAGGUACCAUCCAAGGACCAUCUUGUCCAGACCUGCUCUGAGACACUGCAGCAGGACUCUGAGGCUUGCACGGCUGGUGCCCCGCAGCGCUUGAAACGAAGGCAGACCACCAUCAAAGAUUUCUACAGCUCCAAGCGGAGAAUCGUCCCUGACAAGCCCAAGCUGUGACCCUGUAGUGCUUGGCUGUUUGCAAGUGCCUCUCUGAGGGUGCUGUCAUCGGGGAUCCCUCACAGCUGCUCACGCUAAGAUACCCUGAGGGUGUCUGUGGCUCUUUCCUCAGCCCUGUACUAUGUAAGCUGUGUGUAUGAAGCAAUGUAGAGUCUGUAGUUCCCUAUUUAUGAGUAGCCCUGGGUCCUGAGGGACCUUCACUUGUGUGCAAUGUAUAUGGAGUAGCCCAUGUUGAGGCUUGUAGCCCCUUAGAGGGGAUGGAGAAGGACUGAAAUGGCAUUUGCUUGCCUGCGGAGGUGAAGAGCCUCUGUCCUCUGCCCUGUGCUGGUGGGGCCAAGCACUGCUUGUACCCUCCUACUGUCCAGCUGUGGUCCUCUCUGCUGAAAGGCUGGCCAUGGAGAAUGCACUUGUCUCAGCAGCCCAGUAGGGCAGCAGCUCUAGAAAGCCCUAGGAGGAGGUCUCUGAUCAUAGGGUUGGCUUGUGUGUAUGGCUUUUGGUGGCCCUGGGGCAGCUGGACUCUGAGCACACCCUGGCUGCUGGCACAGGGCAUCAGAUGGGGCAGCCCUGGGGGCAGUGAGUUCUUGUCUGUGCUUGGAAGUGGAGUGAUGCAAGGAGGGCAUGCCCAGUGCUUCUGAGGAAGGGAAAUGCCUGGACCCUGGACAGCCCUUCCUCCAGGUGACUCACUGAUACUAUCAUGUGUUAGGUGGGCUGGAGAGUGGUGACAAACUUGCUGCAGGUCCUGGUGACUCACCAAGGUCUCCUAGCUCUCGCCCCCUCCCCCAGCAGGGAGAAGGGCUGCUUUUAGCUGUGGCCAGACCUGGCCUUCCUGAGAUGAAGACAUGUCCCCCUUGCACUGUCCCUUGCCUGCAGGGCCCCCAGUGCUGUCUGUGAGUACAGCUCUGGUGCUGGGCUCCAUGCAGUGUUUUGGUCAAGCCUGAGGCCACCACUGCCUGGGAAGCUUUGGGAUCCCCCUGAACUUCCCGCUGACCUCGACUAAACCCCUUUCUCACCCUGUUGUUGGCUUGUUGAAUGGUGCUAUUUGCCUUCCUGUUCCUGCCUUGUUAAAUACUGACACUAGGCUGGCUGCCUGCUCCGGCCCUGUUGGACUGGUCUAGGAAAGGGGAGCCCUGCUCUCCGGCAGGGAUGACACCGAAAGAGGAAACUAGCUUUGUCCAGGACACUUUUCCCCCUCUGGAGCUGAGGAGGGAGAGGAGGAUCUUCACCUGGCCCUGCCUCGGCUGGGAAACGAGCAGCUUCUGCUGGCUCUUGGCCUGAGGCUGCUGGCUCGCAGCUGGCUCUCCCUGUGUCGGUGGUGGGUAGCUGCUUGUGAGUGACUCGACGUUAUCCGAUCUCAGCACUUUGGGUUUGUCUCCUGCUCCGCUGGAUUUGGACCCUGGAUACUGGUGCAAGAUGGUCCCAGGCAGAAAAGGGACGGGGUCAACCUCCUGCCUUGCACCGAGAUGCACUUUGCUGUCAGUGAAGCUGGCGAGCUCCCAGCACUAAAAGUUUAUUUAUAAAGAUGCUGUUAAGUCUAAUGAGGGGUGGGGAGGGGGGAAAUAUCUGUUUGUCUAUA